CUUAAUCCUAGCUUCCCGGGAAAAAGGAUAUAUCAACAACAAGAAGAAUUCAACUCCAUCCAUGCAUCUAUCCUCCUCGCCUAUCAUAUUCAUUCUAGCAAAGCAAAGAGGGUCUCUCUGCUCUCAAUCAAAAGGGAAGAGCAGAGCAGACCAGAGGUGAAAGCCAAUCCAUCCAUCCAUCCAUAGGUGUUGCUAACAAGGGGGGGUUGCCGCAUGCACGCUGGAAGAGCUAGUAAGAAAAUCCAACCAAAUGGGAAGAAGAAACGAGGCCCUGGCUACUAAAAGGGGAUCAGAUCAAAUCCUUAUGUGAACAGGAACAGCUAGCUACCUCUUGAGAUUAGAACCAACAUUACACUUCCGUACAAGCUAGCUAGCUACUAGUUCAUUCAAUCAAGGAGAAAACAUAGUGCAUGCAAACAGAACAUCGAUCGGAGCCUGUUGAAAUAUGGUUGCAGUUGCAGGUGCAGGUGAUGGUAAUCACAAGAUGAUACCUGCUGCUGAUGACCAAGAGGCUGCAGCAGAAGGGCCUGCAAAAAACAAGAGAGAUGCAAAAGACGAUCAUCACAUUGCCAUCCAAGACUCAUCCCAACAAACAACAGACGACAGAUUGAUCCUGAGCGACAAGACCAAUGUCCAGGAUUACGACUCCUUUCAGCACCACCUGCAGACACCAACCUCGCCGCCCUGCUACUCCACCGACCACAUGCUGGCCGUGGCCGGUGCCGACCAAAGACACAACAACAAUGGCUCUUCUUCUUCUUCUUCUUCUUCUUCUAUUUCCCACCACCACCAGCAGCAGCAGCAGCAGCAGCAUCAACACUCUUCUCGGUCUCGCCCACCACCAAGAAAACUGCAGUCCAGAACACGGCGACGCUUGGCGCCGUUCGUGAGGAAGAUCAAGUGGGGACCAUUGUGGGACAGGUCCAAGGAGUGGAUCAAGAACCCCAUGAACAUGGCUCUUUUUGUGUGGAUCGUUGCUGUUGGUAUCUCCGGCGCCAUCCUCUUCAUGGUGAUGACCGGGAUGCUCAACGCCGUGCUGCGGAGCAAGUCGCACAAGGACACGUGGUUCGAGGUCAACAACCAGAUACUCAAUGCAUUGUUCACCUUGAUGUGCCUGUACAACCACCCGAGAAGGUUCUACCACCUGGCGCUGCUGUGCCGGUGGAGGGCCGGCGACAUGGCCGCGCUCCGGGAGACCUACUGCAAGGGCGGCACCGUCAAGCCCAACGAGAGGAGGCACAUGGCCGUUGUGAUCCUGCUGCUCCACCUCAACUGCUUGGCGCAGUACGCGCUCUGCGGCCUCAACCUCGGGCUGUCCAGGAGCCGGCGGCCUCCGGUGGGCGUCGGCCUCACCGUGUCGGUUGCGAUAUGCGCCCCGGCCGUAGCCAGCCUGUACAACAACCUCAGCCCCCUGGGGAAAGACUACGAGGUCCAGGCCGCCGCCGACGACGAGGAGUCCUCUUCUUCCUCUGGUUCGCGGCGGCGGCUCCAGCACAAGAUCAAGACCGUCGAGAGGAGGUACUCCUUGUCCCCCUCUCCGCAGCGACAAGGACAAGGAGAAACGUCAGCUUCUGUCGUGGGCGUCGAGAUGGAACUAGAAGAAGAAGAUGGUACUAGUAUGUCGCCGGAGUGGUCCGGCGGGCUGGUGGCGGACCUGUGGGAGGACAUCUCGCUGGCAUACCUGUCACUGUUGUGCAGCUGCUGCGUGUUCGGGUGGAACGCCGGGCGCCUCGGGUUCGGCAACGCGUACGUGCACGCGGCGACCUUCGUCCUGCUGUGCCUGGCGCCAUUCUUCAUCUUCACCCUGGCGGCCAUCAACAUCGACGACGAGGCGGCCAGGCUCGCGCUAAGCCUCGGCGGCACCCUGCUCUGCGUCCUCGGCCUGCUGUACGGCGGGUUCUGGAGGAUCCAGAUGCGCCGGAGGUUCGGGCUUCCCGGAAACGCCUUGUGCUGCGGGAAGCCGGACGUGACGGACUGCUUCCAGUGGCUGUGCUGCUGCCCCUGCUCCCUCGCCCAGGAGGUCAGGACCGCCGACGCCUACGACAUUGUGCACCACAGGAUGGUGUGCCGCCGCAGACCCGGAGACGGCGACCACCAAGAAGAAGAAGAAGAAGAUGAUGAUGAUGAUGAUGAUGGCAGCGGAAGCAGCAGCUCCCGGGUGCAGAUGCAGCAGCCACUGAGGUUUGCAGGUGUUUUUGCUUCAGAAUCAGAUACAAAUACAGUACCCCCUGCUGUGCCUGUUGCUGUUGGCAUACAGAUACAAAUACAGAUUCAGAAACACUAAGUUAGAUCAGUAAGCAGGCGCAACUGUAAACCUUUAACAGCAAGCAAUAUCAUAUUAUUAAUUAGAGUAUAGUAUAA